UUUUACUAUUCAUGUCUAGAAUAUAUUUCUUAUUUUGGCCAAAACUGGCUGUUUAGCGCGUUCCGAAUAUGUUUGGAAUUAACUACCUCAAUUUUUUAGCACAAACUAAAGUUUUCUAAUGACCCCGAGAUGGUACUUCAGUUCAGCUUCCAACAUUUGUUCAAAUACCCUGUCGACACUGUUAUGACAUCCUAUAUUAAUAUUCAUAAGCAUCAGGAUGACUGUAAAGAAACUAAAGAUCUCGGAACAACGAUGGAAGGACCAGAUAUGGAGUGUGUGAGAAGAAAACUAACAUUAGAGAACUUUUUUUCAUCUUUUUUCCAAAGAAUAAAACUCCUUAAGAGAGAUACAAUUGAGAUAUAUGAAGAGGUAUGGUCAUACGCAGCUGAAAAACAAUAUUGGGUCAGAACGAGAAACAUUUCCUGGGAAAAUGAGCUAUCCAUCGCUAAAACUGUAUACGUGAGCCAGCACCAUAACAACCACAAUUGGGCUGUCUGGGACGAAACGACGGUAGUGGAUCUAGGAUAUUUUGGAAAAAUGGGCUUAGCGCUCGAGUUCUACCUGAAAAGAAAAUUGGAAAAAAAUUCACUGAGAGAUAUAGAGAUUAUGAGUAAUAUAAUGAAAGACAGCGAAUGACUGCAAUGUGCCGUGCAACAAUAAAGAAACUCUCUAAAAAGAAAAAAAAAAGAAAAAUUAUGGAUACAAAUUAUGAAAUAUGUACA